GGCUCGCCAAGUCUGAGAACACGUGGUCUUUUGACGUCAUAAAGUCGGUGUAUAUAAUAGCAAUUAACUUAUUGUAAGAGUCAUUAAAGGCAGUCAUAAGUGUUUCUGUGCGAUAAAGAAGAUUGACACCUUCCUUGGAGAGCCAUCUGGCUAACCGCUGCAUGUGCCAAGCAGUCGAGAUGUGGCGUCCCAGUUACAAGGUUGAUGAGGAAGGAGAGCCUUGUUAGCGGACGGUAGUACCAGACGGAGUGCGCGCCCAGGAAGAACGGUUCGCCGUACAAAGGCCCGGAAACACAGGUUCGCUCUGAGCAGGCGCAGGUCGCCUGGCCGCACUGCGGGAUGGAAUAUAACAACCCCGUGUUCGAUCGGACCGGCACUGCGAGCUGGCACGGACAGGAGACGGACAUGGCUAAGGUGUCCGCCACAUCGUCGCCGCCGUCUCAUCGCGAUGACCGUGCCGCGGCACCGGCCUCCUCCCAGCUCCACCCCGCCGCGGCAGACGGGGACCUGGGGAAGGUCUCCCUGGCCGAGGACGGGCCGGACGCCCCUGCGGACGGAGAGGACAGAGAGACGUGGUCCAAGAAAGUCGACUUCCUGCUGUCCGUCAUCGGCUUUGCCGUGGACUUGGGGAACGUCUGGCGCUUCCCGUACAUCUGUCACCGAAACGGAGGGGGUGCGUUCCUUGUCCCUUAUUUCAUCAUGGUGAUAUUUGGUGGAAUCCCUCUGUGCUACAUGGAGUUGUCCCUGGGUCAGUACCAUCGCCUCGGUCCGCUCAAGAUAUGGACAAAAAUCUGCCCUCUUUUCAAAGGCAUGGGUUAUGCCAUGAUACUUGUGGGGAUGUACACAUCCUUCUACUACAACACUAUCAUCGCAUGGGCAGUCUUCUACUUCUUCAGUUCAUUCACUUCAGAGCUACCCUGGAGGAGUUGUAACAACACGUGGAACACGGACAACUGUACGGAGUUCGCUGUCGACACCUGGCGGAACAACUCUGUCUCUGCAGCCACUGAGUUUCUCGUGAGAAACGUGUACGAGUACCAGAACUCCAACGGCCUAAGUGAGCUGGGGUACAUCCGCUGGCAGAUCGCGCUCUGUCUGGCCCUGGUCUUUGUCAUCGUGUACUUCAGUCUAUGGAAGGGGAUUCACAUGUCUGGAAAGGUAGUCUGGGUAACUGCAACCCUCCCGUACGUUCUGCUCCUCAUCCUGAUGGUUCGAGGCGUGACGCUGCCUGGAGCGGACAGGGGGAUCCUGUACUUCCUCACUCCGAAAUGGGAGACCCUGGCCUCACCAUCGGUGUGGUGGGACGCGGCUGCACAGGUGUUCUUCUCGCUGGGCCCUGGGUUCGGGGUGCUGAUCACGCUAUCCAGCUACAACCGCUUCCACAACAACACCUGCAGAGACGCCGUGGCCACCAGUCUGAUGAACUGCCUGGCCAGUCUGCUGUCGGGAUUUGUCAUCUUCUCUGUACUGGGGUACAUCUCUGUCACACAGAACAGGGAAAUAGAGAACAUAGCUGUCGGAGGCCCCGGCCUGUUGUUCGAGGUGUACGCCGAGGCCAUCGCUAGUAUGGAAGGCGCAACGGGCUGGUCACUCAUCUUCUUCUUCAUGCUGAUCAACCUGGGCGUAGACUCUACGUUCGGCGGUCUGGAGACAGUCAUCACGUCGCUGAGUGACGAGUACCCGCGGGUGCUGCGGCGACACCGGGAGCUGUUUGUCCUGGGACUCGUGUGUGUCUGCUACACCGGAGCUCUGGUCACUACCACCAACGGCGGCGUGUUGGUGGUUCACCUGAUGGACACGUUUGCUGCCAACACCUCCAUCACCAUCGUGGUGCUUCUGGAGGUCACCAUUGUCUGCUGGAUCUAUGGGACGGACCGUUUGUCGUGUGAGAUGCAGGAGAUGAUGGGGACAAAGCCUGCGCUGCCAUGGCGGAUCUGCUGGACGUUCAUCUGCCCCAUCAUACUAGCGAUCACUAUUGUCCUGGGGCUGGUGUACUACGAGUCGCCCGUCUAUGGAGACUACGUGUACCCCGGCUGGGCAGUGGGGGUGGGCUGGGGCAUUACUGGCUCGUCCCUUGUCUGCAUCCCUCUGUACGCCAUGUACAAGUUCAUCAUGACCCCCGGAACACUCCAACAGAGAGCGCGACACCUGCUAUUCAUGGAGGACUCGGAAGAUGCACCGAUGACGGAGAUUGCCGAGAAUGGCCGAGCAUCGCCGAUGGAGUUCAAGGGGCUCGUGGCACAGGCGCUCCCGAACUCAAACGUGUAGAUGACGUCAUAGCGGGUGUGCGUUUUAGAGUAUCUCACACUGUGGCCGUUUGCCCGUAUUCUAGACGAUAACAAAAGUCGCCAAUGGGACAUUGUUAGUACAGAAUGGAAGUCAGACCUUUUCGUAUUGGUUAUCAUUUCUAAUUUAUAGCUGUUGAUAACAGCAUGUUCACCAUGAAAGAAAUGAAACAAAGAAUUCAAACUAAACGUAUGCCAGCGGCAGCGGUGAAAGAGAAUGAUAAACAAAAGGGACAAAAGGGUGACUUCAAGACCUUGUGUCGGAUGUGUCAAUGUCAUUUCAAAUUACUUCGCAAGUUGUAUACUUUGCAUAGUUGGUAAAUAUUGUCAAGCCGUAUAUGUGGAUAUGUUGCACAAAUAUACUUUGAGUGGACAGUUUCUUCGGUCGUUGUAAAUGUACGCAGUCAAGUGUGCUUUGGACGCACCGCCACACAUUUCAUGAUCUUACGUGAGGGAGUACACCAACGAAGAUAAUGCCUGAUACGGGCAUGUGUUUUGUCAACUUUCGUCCCUUCAAUGUAUUGAAAUUUGUAUUUUCUCGAGCGGAUAUCAAUGAAUCCACCACUGUGUCCAGGUUUUCUGCAUCUAUCAUUUUCUAUGUAUUUACGAUUUUUGCUGGUGUGCAUGACUUGUGCGUUACACAGUGACCUGUGAAAUGUAUAUACGUAACAUACUGAGUACCUUGUAUUAAAUUUCUUCAAUAGAAUGACUGCAGUUUUUGGCCAUA